AUGGGAAUAAAAUUUUAUCAAAAGUGCUUGCCGGCAAGGAGAAGUUUUGGAACGCUGAAAACUUUGCUGAACAGUUCAUUCAAUAUUUACACGAAUAACUCUGUGGUGUCAUCCAAUGAAUUUUUUAGUGAGGUAUAUCUGAUGAAUAAAAAACUUAUGUAUUAUAUGUACGAUUAUUUUAGGCUAAAUGAUUGGUCUUAUAAGCAGAAGAAAAAAAUAGGUUGUCUCUUUCCUGCAUGUUAUUCUCAGCUUGUGUUUAAAUUCUGUGUGUUGUUAAAUAAUUUUGAUUAUAUUUCAAUUCCUACUCCUAUAAAAAAGGCAAAACAAAUGAAGCAGAAAUAUUCCUUUUACAUAGCGGAAAAUAACAUUGAUUUAAUUUUAUGUCAUCCUUUUUAUAAACACUAUAUUGAAGAAAUAUCAUUUAAUUUACAAAUUCCAUUUUUGAUUUGUUAUGAUAAGCCUGAUAUAUUAUCCCAUGAAGAAUAUGUAGAAGACCUAAAUGAAGGACGGGAAAAUUUUGCGAAAAAAUUUAUGCACGGUCAGAAAAAAUGUGAGGAUUAUAUAAAUGGAAAAAAGAAUGCCCUUAACCAAAUAAACAGUAUACAUUUUGACAAUCAUUCGUUGGAAAAUAAUAAUGAUUAUUUUGUGGAGGAUAAAGAUGGUUUCUUUGGUAAUAGGGAAGGAUUAAAUAUUAGGAAAAAUAACGUUUCUUUUCAUUUGCAGUUAUCAAAAGAAAAUGAAUGUGACAAAAGUAUAAAAUUUUCUUUGUCGAAUAUAUUGAAACAGUCCAAAAUUUUUACGAAUUUUAUGCAAAUUAAUGGAAAAGAAGACAACGUUUUAGUAUGUUCACCAGCGAAUAAUAUACAAUAUUUUGAUAUAUUAUUUAAUCUGAUAUACACAGGUGCAACAAUUGUGUUCCCUGAAAUAAGUGUAAAUAAGGUGUUAAAUAAUAACAGUUAUAUGGAAUGGUUUAAAAAUCAUAUGAAAAAUAAAAAUAAUAACUUCUCAGUUCAUAACUUAAUUAUUAAGAACGAUUUUGUGGAUGACACUUUUGAUUUUAUUGAUGGAUCUAGCUUAUUUGAAGAAAUAUUAAAUAUGGAAAAGGGCAUAAGUACAAUUGUGUGUAACAAUUAUUUAAUUCGAGAUUUUAUUCUCUUUUUUGAAAAUUGUCCUAUUAAUAAUGUAACAAAAGAGGAAUUUAUUCAAAAAAAAGCUAAUAAAGUGCGUUCAAUAUUAAUUAAUGGUAAUGAAAUAAUGCCAGGAAUUCACAAAAAAUAUGUAGAAAAAAUAAAGAAAAUUUUUAUUAAUGCAAAAAUUUUUCAGCGAUAUGUAGUACAAGAAAUAGGAACAAUAUGUGUAAUGGAAUUAGGUAAACUAGAGGAGGAGCUUAUACCAUAUGAAAGAAAGAUAGCUGGUUAUGUAUUACCAAAUAUAAAUAUAGAAAUUGACACCAAAACAAAUAUAUUGAAAAUAAAGUCAGAAAAUAUAUUUACUGAGUAUUAUAAUAACAGCAAGCUCACUUCAACAUCAUUUGACAAAAGUGGGUUUUUUAAAACAAAAUAUAUUGCCUCUAUUACGGAAAACUCUUUAUUGAAAAUUGAUGGAAUUUACAAUGGAACAGAAAAUUUACCUGAUGAGUAUUAUUUAUAUUUUAAACAAAGAAGAGACAAAAUGGAAAAGCAUCCUCCUGGGUAUUUGAAAAGAGUUCGAUUGCACGGCCAAAUAUGGGGAAAUUUUCAUGCAGAUAAGAGGAACUGGAAGAGAAAAUUUUAA